UUCGAAGUUGAAUCAUACAAAAACACAAGACACCAACAAUAAUUAUAAUAAUAGCAAAAAAACAUAUACUAGUACAUAUAAAAUACUAGAAGCUAGGGAAGGGAAGAGAAGAGAAGAAAAUGAAAGAAAAUGGAUCUUAAUAGAAUUAUCCCCACUCAACCGUAAACCGAAGAAGAAAGAGUUAUCAGAAUCAGCAUGAACUGUCUCCACAAUCUUUCAAGAUUCUCUCUUUUACCCUUCCACACACUUGUUACUCCUCAUUCUCCCCACCACUCUUCUUCUCUAUCCUUCAUCCGUAAAUCUCAUCAUCACAACCCAACCAUGUCUCUCAAGGCUGCUUCUGGUUCUAUACCAAGUGCAGAGACAAGUAGCUCUGAUGUCGAGGAGGUGGUUAAGUCUGAGACAUACAGCAAUAACAUGACAGAAGCCAUGGGUGCUGUUUUGACUUAUAGGCAUGAAUUAGGAAUGAACUACAACUUCAUUCUACCAGACUUGAUUGUCGGAUCAUGCUUGCAGACUCCUGAAGAUGUUGAUAAGCUGCGGAAAAUCGGAGUGAAAACUAUAUUUUGCUUACAACAAGACCCAGAUCUAGAAUAUUUUGGAGUUGAUAUCAAUGCCAUACGGGAAUAUGCCAAGACGUUCAAUGACAUUCAACACUUGCGUGCUGAGAUAAGGGACUUUGAUUCAUUUGAUUUACGGAAGCGGCUUCCUGCUGUAAUUAGUAUAUUAUACAAGGCAGUUAAAUCUAAUGGAGGCGUGACAUAUAUACAUUGCACUGCUGGACUUGGAAGAGCUCCAGCUGUUGCGUUGACAUAUAUGUUUUGGAUUUUGGGUUAUAAACUCAAUGAAGCUAAUGCACUACUUCUGAGCAAAAGGUCGUGCUUUCCAAAACUGGAUGCCAUAAAAAGUGCAACGGCCGAUAUUCUUACAGGACUCAGUAAGAAGCCUGUCACUUUGUCAUGGGGACACCGCAAUUGCUCUAAUGUGGAAAUUUCAGGACUUGAUAUUGGAUGGGGGCAGCGAGUGCCCUUAGUUUUUGAUGACAAACAGGGUUCAUGGUUUCUCAAGAAGGAAAUGUUUGAAGGGCACUACGAGUACAAGUACAUUGUUGAUGGUGAAUGGACAUGCAAUAAGGAUGAGCUUAUAACCUCUCCCAACAAAGAUGGCCAUGUCAACAAUUUUAUUGAUGUUGUUGAUGAUGCGGACGGUGAUCGUGCCUCCCUUCGGGGGAGAGUGACCGGUGAUGAUCCCAAUCUCACAGAGGAUGAACGAAACAAAAUAAUAGAGUUUCUGGAAGCUUUUCCCAGUGAGGAUCUCUGAACUGUCAACGCACUUGCUUGUUGAUAUGUAAAGUAGUAGGUGCACGUAUAUAAUGUACUCCAUCUAAUAAAAGAUUGAAUCAGAACCUUCAAAUCUCUGUUAAUGUCAAUGUAAUAUUAGCAUGUGAAGCUUGUUAGGUUCCAUGGCAAUCAAAUGUCUUUUGCAUUCUUCAAUUAGCACAACAUUUCUAAUAAACCAUGAUAUUGUACGUAAAUAAAUAUGAGAUGAAGAGUUGCAUUCUUCAUGACAUAUAUAUAUACCAGAAAAUUUUGAGUCU